CUAUGCUACACUUUUUACGCUCUUGCGACUUCCUGCUAUAGAGUCGCAAUAUUCCAUAAAGGGAAGCGUAUAUGAUCUCCCCUACCUCUCUCGUGGCGUCUCUAGCAUAGUCUACGGAGUCUCCGAAUUUGCCGUUAUCAAAGCUCCUUGCGGUAUCGAUCAAAGCCGAAGAGAACUUGCCAUCGAACGCACUAUAUUCGAUCGUCUAGGCUCUCACCCUUAUACCGUCAAGCUCCUUUAUAUACACAAAGGCAUGAUCGUCCUCGAACGCCUCCAGUAUCCCCUCCGCAAGCUCUGGGAUUUUCACGCCACUAGAGAGCUACCCCCAGCCAAAGACGUUCUACGAUGGGCUACCCAGAUUACGCAGGCUCCUCAGCAUGUCCACUCGCGCGCUGUGUUCCAGGUCGAUAUUGGCACAAUAUGCUGCUGGACUGGGAUGAGAAUGUGAAGUUAUCUGACUUCGCUGGGUCAUCAAUUGACGGUUCUACACCAUCAGUAGUACCCAGCCCGCACUCGGAGCACCCAAACAUGCCAGCCAUACAGCCUUCAAUACAGUCUGAGAUGUUUGCGCUUGGCUCUUCACUAUAUGAGAUAGAGACAACUCGGCAGCUAUACCACGAUAAAACAGACGAAGAGAUUGAAGGGCUGUUUAGGGCAGAUAAAUUCCCAGAUACAAGCGCGCUAUUACUGGGAGAGGUCAUUAGGAAAUGUUGGAUGGUGAAAUAUGAAGAUGUUGGCGAGGCAUUAAAUGAUAUUUGGUGUCUUGAGGAGUAUUCGAAGAGUAAAUAUGAUUGCAUGAUGUUCUUCAAUUGGCACAUUCUCCAGAUGGCGUGAGCAUAUCUAUGCAAACGGUGGCCAGUCUUAUACCGUGACAUUGCAUCGCCAACGAGCCACAGUCCUACACGUGUCUCGCAUGUCUGACGACCUCGAAUGAGGCGUCUAUCAAUCCCGUCCGCCAUCAUAGAACCCUCUGCAUAUCUCCGCCACCGCCAGUGGUAGCGCAAGCCAAUGCCUUGCAUGAGCCGUUCCGAAGUACGAUGCCGUAAUUUCUGUAACGGUGCGCGGAUC